CGCCGCGCACGUGCUUCCUGGGGUAGGUUGGUGUCUCGCGUACGCUGCGGAGCUCGAGCCUCGCGGUGGCCUGUAUCCAUGAUGGAGUCGACGGAGACUGUGCUGGACACCCCCGGGGGUGAGAAGAGGACUUGUCCCGAUGAGGAGCUAGUCCACCCUGCCAAGAGGGCCCGUGUCCAGGACAAGGAGGGAGAGAAUGGAGGCAGUGGCUCGCAGCAAGCUUUGGACUUUGAAGAAAAUGAAAAGGAAGAAUGCGAUGAAGAGGAGCCGAUGGAGGGAGAGGAAGAUGUGGAAGGAGAUGGGGAAACGUUUGCUGACAUGAUGAAGCAUGGGCUCACAGAGUUGGAUGUGGGAAUCUUGAAGUUUGUCAGUGACCACAAGGGCUUCUCUGGCAUCCUGAAGGAGAGGUACUCGGAUUUUGUGGUGCAUGAGAUCAACAAGGAAGGGAAGACUGUUCGACUUGAUGACCUCACUGUGCCCGUGGAGGAGGAACCUCUACCAGAGCCAGAACAACAGGUACAGGUUUUGACUGAAGAGCAGAAGAAUCAGCUGGAGGAGCUCCAGCUAUUUAAGAAUAAAGAGGGCAACGUGACCAUAGAGGUGAUGGAGGACACAAAGGAGAGGCGCACCCUGAUCCACAAGGCAGUAAAGGCCAUGUAUCCUGGUUUAGAGACGAAAACCGAGGAAAGAGAUGGGCGCAGAUUCAUCGUAGCGUACCACACUGCGGGAAAGAGAGCCCUUGCAGCCCCUAGGAAACACUCGUGGCCCAAGAGCCGGGGCAGCUUCUGCCACUGUGUGCUCUACAAGGAGAACAAAGACACAAUGGAUGCCAUAAAUGUGCUCUCCAAAUUUCUCAGGGUGAGACCAAAUGUCUUCUCUUACAUGGGCACCAAGGACAAAAGAGCCAUAACAGUUCAGGAGAUUGCUGUACUCAAAAUCAGUGCUGAGAGGAUAGCCCAUCUCAAUAAGUGCCUGAUGAACUUCAAACUAGGGAAUUUCUCCUACAAGAAGCACCCACUAAAAUUAGGAGAACUACAAGGCAACCACUUCACUGUAGUCAUCAGGAACAUCUCAGGGACAGAGGAGCAGGUGGAGCAAGCCAUGAGCUCUCUUAGGAACACUGGCUUCAUCAACUACUAUGGCAUGCAGCGCUUUGGCACCACUGCUGUGCCCACUUACCAAGUUGGCAGGGCAAUCCUGCAGAACAACUGGACAGAAGUGAUGGAUCUGAUCCUGAAACCUCGCCCUGGAGCGGAGAAGGGCUACCUGGUGCGCUGCAGGGAGGAGUGGGCUCGCACACAGGACCCGGAGGCGGCACUUAAGAAGCUUCCUGUCAAGCGGUGCGUGGAGGGUCAGCUCCUGAGGGGCCUCUCCAAGUAUGGCAAGAAAAACAUUGUUACAGCCUUUGGAUUGAUCCCUCGCAACAACCGGCUGAUGUACAUCCACAGCUACCAGAGCUACGUGUGGAACACCAUGGUGAGCCAGCGCAUCCAGGACUUUGGGCUAAAGGCUGUGCCAGGAGACCUGAUGCUUAGUGGAGGGAAGGCGCACGUCCUGUCUGAGCAGGAGGCUGAGAAGCACACUAUCCAUGAUGUGGUGAUGCCACUGCCUGGUUUCGAUGUAAUUUACCCCACACAUGUUGUGGGCCAGGCCUAUAGGGACAUGCUGGCCUCGGACGGUCUGGACAUUGACAACAUGAGGCACAAGAUCCGAGACUAUUCCCUGGCCGGGGCCUACCGUCGCAUAAUAAUUCGUCCCCAGGAUGUCAGCUGGGAGGUUAUUCACUACGACGAUCCCCGGAUCCCACUAGUGCAAACAGAUGUGGAGAAACUUGAGGGCAAACCUCCUCCGGCUUUUCCUAAAGAAGGGAAGUACAGGGCUCUGCGGAUGGAGUUCUCUCUGCCACCCUCCACCUAUGCCACCAUGGCCAUCCGAGAGGUGCUGAAGAUGGACACCAGCAUCAAGAACCAGACGCAGCUGAACACCACCUGGCUGAACUGAGACGCACUCUUGCAGAAGAAUGUACUGCACAGAUGAUGCUCUGUUUCUGAGAACCUGUGUGGCUGUUGUAGGUCCGAGAGCUGCUCCUCGCAAGGUUUGCAGAAAGGACAGCAAACAGGACAGCUUGGCACUGUUGCACCCUUUUUUAAAGUUAUUUUAUUAUAUUUUUAAGCUUUCAUAGCAUAAAGUGAAUGCUGACAAGUUUAAAUGUAUUUUCCAGCAAAGGCAUUAACAGCAGGUUUUCAAGAGUUGUCACAUCAAAAAAAACUCUUGGUCCUUUUAAAACUGUAGAAGUGGGGAAAGAAGUCUAAGAUACUACACUUGUCAGCUCAACUGCAUUUGACCAGUCUAUAAAAGGUUGCUAUAAAAGCAACCUUUAAAAAUCCUUUUUUAUGAGCAAAUAUGUUGUCAUUGAAUUCUUUUAUAAUUAAGAUACCAUGCUGGAAAUUUUGAAUUAUAAUUUUUCCAUUUGAUGUCUGAUCUAUGUGCUGCUGUAGUACAGCUUUACUGCUUCUGAGGUCUAAUGUCUCAGGAAAUAAAUUUUCUGCA